UGUAGAGCUCGCACGGUUCCUGUGAUCUGAUCAUUAGUGUUUAGUGGUUAGACAUGAGAAAGGACGCUCGCUCGAGUGUAGAGCAGGAAACUUUAUUUAACUUUAGUGAGUUUGAGAACUUGGCCGAAACUUUCUGAACAGAAGAAUGGAGCCGAUAACAAAGUGGACACCGACUCAGGUUGUGGACUGGAUCAGAGGGCUGGACGACAGUCUCCAGCAGUAUGUUCCUAACUUCGAGAGGGAGAAGAUCAGUGGAGAGCAGCUUCUGAAGAUUUCCCAUCAGGAUCUGGAGGAGCUGACGAUGACCCGCGUUGGCCAUCAGGAGCUGAUUCUGGAGGCUGUGGAUCUGCUCUGCGCAUUGAACUGUGGCGUGGAGACUGAUAACUUGAAGACUCUGGUGUGCCAGAUGCGAGCAGCAUCCAAUAACUUGCACAACUGUGCCUCAGAGCGCAGGAAAAACCCUACUUAUGAUGGAGGAAGUCCAUACAAACCACCUAACGUGUUCCUCACCGCUGUGGUGGAGCUGAUAGCGGCUGCCAAGGGCAUGCUGGCCUGGCUUGACAGGACUCCCCUGAGAGGAAUCAGUGAUUUCACUUCAACCAAAAACAAGAUCAUUCAGCUCUGUCUGGAACUGACCACAACUGUCCAGAAGGACUGCACAGUGUUUGAAAUGGAGGAGAAGAUAUUAGAAGUGUCACGUGUUUUGACUGGCAUUUGUGAUUCCACCAUGAGGAUCACCUCUGACCCCUUAAAGAGUCAAAUGACCUGUUUGGAGGAAGUCACCAUCACUAAUAUCAAAGCAGACGAGGGACUGGGAAUGUAUAUCAAAUCCACUUAUGAUGGACUGCACGUCAUCACCGGAACCACGGAAAAUUCUCCAGCAGACAGAACUCAGAGGAUUCAUGCAGGCGAUGAGGUGAUACAAGUCAACAGACAAACAGUGGUGGGCUGGCAGUUGAAGAAUCUGGUGGAAAAGCUCAGAGAAGAUCCUCAGAAUGUGACACUGAUGGUGAAGAAAAGACCAUCAGGUACCUGCGGCUUCGCACCAGCACCGCUGAAAAACAUGCGCUGGAGACCCCCUGUCAUCCAGAGCCCAUCGUAUGUGUCUGCCGCCCAGUCAUCCAGAAAUCCUGUGCAAAUCAAGCGUCCGGAGAAACCUGCGAUUUUAGAUCUCUAUAUUCCUCCUCCUCCUUCCAUGCCAUACAGCCCACGGGAUGCAGAGAUGAGUGAAUAUGCAGGAGUAAAGAUGAGACCGAAAGGUUCAGCGUCACCCAACUCAUCUCUGGAUUUAGCUAGUAGACGGUGCUCAAAUAUCAGUGACUACAACAGCAAACCUAGCGUAAACCCAGCUGAGUUCGCCGUCCCACAAGCGCGACUGAGACAGCGGACCCCAUCUAGAGGGAAGCCACGUCCCAUGUCCAUGCCGGUAGACACUUGCCUGGGCGUGUUGGACUCCCCCUCCAGACCCUGGGCUCAUGGACGGAAAGGUGACGAGAUCUUGCACAGGUAUCUGAGUAACGAACAGAUCCCCACCAUCUCAGAAGAGUCGCCCUGUUACCCGCUGCCCUACCGCCCCACAGGAGAACGCCAGCUCAUCCGAGGGGUCGACCACAUCCGCGGCAGCCAGUGCUUUAUCAACGCAGACCUACACACCAGCGCCACCAUACCCUACCAGGAGGCCGUCGCUCGGAAGCCUGCAGCCAAAUCUUCCAAGAGACCCCCCUCAGAACCCUCACUGUUCAGCAGCUGGAUCGCCCGACUCAAGCUGCUCACACACAUUUGUUUUCUUUCCUUGCGCUUUCAGUACCCUCUUCAAGACUUUGCCGGGGAGAAGUCUCAAGGAGAUGGUGUGAUGAGCCGCAGAAGGGUCUCGGUGAAAGACCUGGGCCAGGGCGACUGUCAGGGCUGGUUGUACAAAAGGAAGGAGAGCAAAGGGCUCUUGGGCUGGAGGUGGAAGAAGUUUUGGUUUGUGCUCAAGAAAUGUUCACUCUACUGGUACACGUCAGACAUGGCAGAGAAAGCCGAAGGCUACAUCAACCUGAGAGACUUCACCAUAGAACAGGCUACCGAAUGCAAGAAGAAGUUUGCAAUGAAAGCAAGCCACCUCCAAAUGCUGACACUCUACUUUGCAGCUGAGAACAUGAAAGACAUGAACAAAUGGCUGGCUAAACUCACCCAGGCUUCAAAUGAACCUGAGCCCACAGACUCAACAGAUGGAGAGUGCUACAGUGAGGAGAGUGAUGAUGAGGAUGAAGCAGACACAGCUGAGAUGUGUGCGGAGUACAUGGAUCAGCUGACUCCUGGCUCUCUGCAUGGCUGUCUCCCGCCUCCCCGCUCCUCUUCCUCUCCAUGUCAGGACUCGUUCCCGCUGGUUUCUCCGGUGUGUAAACACACCUCGACUCAGAGUGCAGACAGUGAGUCGUGGCAGGAGAUUAGCUCAGAGGAAGACCCCAUCCACAAAAUACUGGAAUUCAAAGGAAAUGACUGCCCCCCGUCUGAUGAGAUGGAGAUGCUGUAUCUUCACCUCAAGCAGGUGAGUCUGUCCCCCACAGGAGCCCUGCAGCCUACCACCAAACGUGACUUCAGGUGCUCCUUCAUCAGACGCUGCAAAAAUGAGAGCAUUAAUGAGAAACUACACCUGAUUCGAGCUUUAAACAGCACUUUAAAGGCGAAGGAGGCCGAUCUGCAGGCCAUAGAGCAGGUCUUGCGUGAACCGUCUCUGAGCGCUUGUAAAUACAGACAGUGGCGAGAUGCUAAUGUGCUCCUGCUGCAGGAGAUCGGAGAGAAACACGAGAGAGCCGUGGAGCCACAAGCCCAGGAAGCUCUGGUUCAGACUCAGCCUCGGUGUCAGUCGCUCUUCAGCCCGGGCCCUGUGUACACCGAGACCAGCCUGUGAAGAGCAGAGGACGAUAACCGACAUCUACAAACUAAAACAGAUGGGUGCUGUGUGAAGACGACCACAGGAACACAAACAGAGCGGGGUUUCCAGGACUCAAAUGAAGCUUCGCUGAAACACUUCAAACUCCUACUAGUCUGCAGAAUGCAGUAACUGCAUCAUGGAGAAAAAUUACCUCAAUUUGGAUUCAUUUGAUAUCAGUUUUCUCUGAAUCGGACACAGAAGAGCCUAGCUCGGUCAUUUCUGAAACAUGUAGUUACUGCAUUUUGCCUUUU